AAAAGGAGGAAGUGAGAGAAACAGAAAGAUGGGCAUUCUUAGGCAAAAUAAUGAAAAGUGGAUCCGGUAUAUUAAUUGGGCUUAGAGGUGCCGUCUAUCAUGCAUAAUGUGGAUUUUUGAACUUUCCUCACUACCCACUGGUUGUACAUGAAAAAGGACAAAGAGUAACUUGAUAUGUUUGCAAAUAGAGUAUGAGGAAAAGUCACAGUUUGGAAACCUUGGAGCUUAAAGCGAGCCUAAAUUCUUAGCAGAGAGAAAGGAGUUUACUUAAAGGUAUUGACUCAUCCCUUUCUGUUUGAUGGGCAGGAGCAAAAUGAACACCUUAGAGAACCUUCCAGAGAUUGAUGAAAGACUAUACUCGCGUCAACUCUUUGUGCUGGGCCGUGAGGCCAUGCAGAAGAUGGCUACAGCUGCUGUGCUGGUCUCUGGCAUGAAGGGGCUGGGUGUGGAGAUCGCCAAGAACAUCAUUCUUGCAGGAGUGAAAUCUGUCACUGUCCACGAUCAGCAUGAUGCUCAGUGGAGUGAUCUCUCCUCACAGUUCUACCUGUCUGAGAAAGAUGUGGGCCAGAAUCGAGCUGUGGUUUCACAGCACCGUCUUGCAGAACUGAACAGCUACGUGCCUGUGCUAGCCUAUACUGAAGCGCUGUCUGAGAGUUUCUUGUCUGCCUUCCAGGUUGUAGUCCUGACCAACUCAUCCUUGGAGGAGCAGCUGUGUAUCAGUGAUUAUUGCCACGCCAACAACAUUUGCUUUGUCAUUGCUGACACCAAGGGUCUGGCUGGGCAGCUCUUCUGUGAUUUUGGAGAACACUUUGUGGUAUAUGAUCCUUCUGAGACUGAACCUGUCUCUGCUGUCAUUCAGCACAUAACCCAGGGUAACCCUGGUGUGUUGACAGUGGCCUGUGAGGAUGAGCAGGGACGAGGCCACCAGUUUGAGGAUGGCAACUGGGUGACAUUCUUAGAGGUUGAAGGGAUGACCGAAGUUAAUAACCUUGAGCCACGUCCAAUCUGUGUGACUGGACCGUACACCCUGGAGAUUGGAGACACAUCUUCCUUUUCUCCAUAUAAAAGUGGUGGGAACAUCACACAAGUCAAGAUGCCCCAACUGCACUCCUUUGAAUCCUUGAGGGUCUCCAUGAACAGUCCCAAGAUCAAAACUCCUGAUGCAGGGAAAAUGUCUCGCUAUCACACCCUUCACAGGGCCUUCUGGGCACAGCAUUUAUUCCAGAGCAAAAUGAAGCGUCUGCCUAGGCCUAGAAAUCAGGCAGAUGCGGAGGAGAUGGUGAAGCUAGCACAGGCCCUACCUAUGGGUCAGCACCCCCUGGCUGAGGAUCUGGUGCGGACAUUUGCAUAUGGUUGUACUGGGGCCCUGAAUCCAAUCAAUGCCUUCAUUGGAGCUGUAGCUGCUCAUGAGGUGCUGAAGGCAGCUUCUGGGAAAUUCACUCCUCUGGACCAGUGGCUAUAUUUUGAUGCCUAUGAAUGUUUGCCUGAGGAAGAUCAUGGUGUGUUGCUGACUGAGGAAAACUGCACUCCACAUGGCAGCCGCUAUGAUGGGCAAAUUGCUGUUUUUGGUGCUGAUUUCCAGGAACGGCUUGGAAAGCAGAAAUACUUUGUGGUAGGAGCGGGUGCCAUUGGCUGUGAACUGUUGAAGAACUUUGCAAUGAUUGGCUUGGCUGCUGGUGAGGGUGGGAACAUCACUGUGACAGACAUGGACACAAUUGAAUAUUCCAACCUCAACCGUCAGUUCCUCUUUCGACCACAGAAUGUGUCUAAGUUGAAAUCACAAGUGGCAGCAGCUGCCAUAAAGCUCAUGAAUCCCUGCGUCAGUGUAACAGCUGAGCAAAAUCAAGUUGGACCUGAUACCGAGUGCUACUAUGGAGAUGAAUUCUUCCUUGGCGUGGAUGGUGUAGCCACUGCCCUGGACAGCCUGCAAGCCAGAGCAUAUGUGGGUAAACAGUGCACACAGUACCUCAAGCCUCUGCUUGAUUCUGGAACGCAAGGCACCAAAGGACAUGUUCAGGUGUUUGUGCCCUUUCUCACGGAGACAUAUGGCCAUGCUGAGGACCAGGAUGAAGAACAGUAUCCUCUUUGCACCCUGCGUCACUAUCCCACUACCAUCCAGCACACCCUACAGUGGGCCCGAGAUCAAUUUGAGGGUCUUUUCAGGAUGACAGCAGAGACCAUCAACAAAUUUCUUCUGGAUCCCAGCUUCCCACUGCCCCAAGAAGUGGAGGCUCUGGAGAUGGCACAAGGCAGACUUCAGGAAAAGCCACACAGCUGGAGGGACUGUGUGUUCUGGGCCCGAAGGCUUUGGGAGAAACUUUUCUCUCAUGAUAUUCAGCAGCUGCGGUACAACUUCCCGCCUGACCAUAAGACAACCUCUGGACUUCCUUUCUGGUCAGGGCCCAUGCAAUGCCCCAAGAAGCUGGAUUUUGACUUCAGUAAUACCACCCAUAGGACCUUCAUUUUGGCGGCCAGCCACCUCUUUGCUCAGAUGUAUAGGCUGAAUGUGAGUGAGAACGAUGCUGCCACCAGCCAGAUCCUUCUUGACUUUCACCUACAACCUUUCCAGCCACGAAAUGGAGUGCAUAUCCCCGUCACGGAUCAAGAAGUGCAGAGGUUACAGGGAACAGUUGAAGAAAUGAGGCUGGCAGAAUUGAAGCAGGACUUGGCAAGACUCAGGUUGGAUCUGGAAGAACAAGAUGCCCUCCUCUCCAGUCUUAUGAUGCCCAUUCAUUUUGAGAAGGAUGACGACAGCAACUCUCAUUUGGACUUCAUUGCAACUGCAGCCAAUCUGCGAGCUGAGAACUACGGCAUCCCUCCUAUUGAUAAACUCCAGGCUAAGAGGAUUGUGGGCAGGAUUGUACCUGCCAUUGCCACAACCACAGCUGCUGUGGCUGGCCUGGUGUGCCUGGAGCUGUACAAGCUAGUGUGGGGACACAGGACUCUUGGCUCCUAUUGCAGCACUUUCUUGCGGCUCUCAGAGCCUCUGUUCAUUCAAAGCCUGCCCCAUUCACCUCAGUCAAUAUACAAGCAUCACCAGAAGACGUGGAGCUGCUGGGAAAGAAUUGAAGUGCCAGGAGUUGAUGGCAAUGGAGAAGAGAUCACCCUGAAGGGCCUCUGUGACCAUCUCCAGAGAGAGCACAACCUGGUGCCACAGACGCUGAUGCAUGGGAAAGCUAUUAUUUAUUAUGGACUCUGGGCAGAAGAGAAAAGAGAAAAACAGCUUUCCAGCAGACUGACAGAACUGGUUUGCCGUGCUACUGCAGAGACAGUGUCCAAGGACUGCCGGCUGUUGGUGUUCGAAAUUGUCUGUGAAAAUGAAGAGGACGACACAGAGUUACCAUCUGUUCAUGUCUGGCUCCAUCCAACAAACAGGAAAGAAUGAGUAACAUGUAUGUGUAAGUGUGUGCUUGUGUUACAUACCCUUCUGUGUGCACCACACACACACAUCCAUAUAAUAACUAUACUCAUAUUGGAUAUGGCUAAUACCACUGAAAGCGAAAAUGUGUAUUUUGCUUUGAUGAAGGAGGAAAUGUACCCUCUUCAGCGACUGACCUGCAGGCCUGGUCUUGCUCUCAAGGAUAAAGAAUUAAUUAGGAAAUGAGCUCAUUCAAGAAGUCUGUUCUACAGCAUUCUUAUUUGCUUUGUUUAGAAGAGCUCCCUGGGCCUUCUCUGACUUCCUUUCCAGCAUACCAUAUCACUCCUUUCAGAGGUUUGGAAGCACUAGCAUUGUUACAAAUUACCAUUAACUGUUUUAAAUAUUUCAGGACUGCAGCAAAAUCCCAGGUUUUAUAUAAUAGGAGCAGAGGAAAGGGCCAAAGCUCAGCUUUGUACUCAUAAAAUCCCAAGUUCCACCUCCAACAUUUCCAGUAAAGGGUCUCAAGCAGCAGCGCUCAAAGGGACUUUUGCUUGAGGCCCUGGAGAUCUUGACUGGAUGAAUCAAUUGUCUGACUGAGUGGAAAACAUACAUGUAUACACUGCGGUGGUGAA